AUGCAAUUUCGUUUCGGUGCUAAUUUCAGGGAGGCACAUCCAUCGAUGAAGCAGCGUAUUGACACACGUCGGAGAAAAAAAUUCGAUGAAAAUAUAACGACGACACAAAUCUUAGAGCUUAUCCUAAGCCUAUAUUCCAAACGAACGUAG